GUGAGAAACACAGUUUUUAAAAACCGACAACAUAUCCUAUCGUAAAUAAUAAGUUCCAAUAAAGGUUAUCUGUACGAGCUGUCACUCAUAUACUAUGUUGAUUUCGGUCAGACACUAUAACAUUUUUUAUUGGCGAGGUGCAUACCCACGUAUUCGCUGAUACUGUACUUACUUCAUUGCAGUGUUGAAUUUUGAGUCGUUUUUCAAACUACGUCGGAAUAAGCUUUGGUGCUCUGUUGCGCUACUCUGUGCCUCGGGCGAAGUAAGCAAGUGUUUGGAAUCGUUUCAGGAUGUAAUUGUAAUUCUUCUGUUAUUUGAGUACAGAGAUAGGAUAUGUCUGGAAGAAAUCUGACUUUGUUCUUCCAAAAUCAGAAAGAAUAUUUUAGCACCUGUUACUACGUUUGCUGUGUAGAAAGAAAGCAUGGUCAACCCAGUGAAAGCGUCUAUUGCGAUUGCUACGCUUGUGUCAACGAUUACAUUAAUAGGUUUCAUUAGAUAUCGCUAUAUAGCUUCUAGAGUGAAACUCCCGACUGAAAACGAAUAUAAGCCAAGGAAAAUAGAUUGGGAAUAUUUCAAAUCCUUGCCAAAUCGAUUUGCUGCAAGCUACUAUCCGCAGAAACAAACACACAAAAAUGCUAUAAUUGAACCAAUCCUGAAAAAUGAGGCUGAUGGGAAAUUCAAUGUGACAUUUAUAAUAUACUCAACUCCUGAAAAUUCUGCUCGACGUCAGUUGGUGAGAAAUACUUGGGGAUCGAUCAAAAAUUUCAAUGGAGUUAAUCUUUUUCGAAUCUUUGUUGUUGGCAUAACAGAAGAUUCAAAUGUUGAGAUUGGUCUGAAAUCUGAAGCUGAAAAUUUUGAGGAUAUCCUGCAAGUUAAUGUAUCAGAUAGAUUUUUGACAUCACCGAAAAAAUCUUUAUCUGCUUUCUAUUGGAUUAGAAACUCUCUGCAGGCUCAUACAACAUUCUAUAUAACUACUUUGGACAACUGUGUUGUGAAUAUUAAUACGGUGGUGAAGUUUUUAUUAGAACACCAGGAUGAAACUACAGAAUCUGUGCAUUGUGGGUAUAUGUUUGAAAAAGACACAGCUGUGAUUCGAGGUAGUGGCUUCAGGAGUAUUUCCAAAGAGUUGUAUCCGAAAAAAACGUAUCCACCAUUCUGUAGACAGAAUUUAGUAAUCUUAAGUUUUCCAUUUGUAAAAAUGAUUCACGAGGUAUCAUUAUCUACUAAUAUUUCAGGGUUUAAUCUUGAAGAUGUCCUACUUUUUGGAAUUUUACGUGAAAAAUUAGGAAAAGAAAACAGCAUAAAAAAUAUUAAAAAUGGUGGAAAACCACUCGUUUAUUAUCCAUGGGAUGAAACUGAUAAAGUUUUGCUUAAAAUGAAAAUAAAAUGGAAAGAUUGGAAAAGGGAAUUGUUUAGAGCAGUUUCAUCAAGCCUGAUACCCAAAUGAGAUGCAAUAUACAAAAAUUUAUCUAUAUUUCAAUGCACUUGUCAACUAUUCAAUCUUGGGAAUGGUCUUUGGCACUUUCUUAAUCCAUAAAUUGCACUUAUAUUGCAAGGAAGUCAAAAUUAAAAUAUAAUAGUUUUAUUGUUAAAUUGCACUUAUGCUGAGAACAAGACAAAUUUUCACACCUCAGCUGCCUCAGACGUUCAUGAAAUAAGAGAGCAUUCCUUCAAUAUAUGAACACGAAGGCCAAAACAAAGUAGUACGGUAUGAACAAAUCGGUAGUCGAACACUAAUCCUGACCGAAUUAUGUUAAACGACCAAAUAAGUGAUACACCUUGUAGAAAUGAUUUGUUUGUGUCUUACACACUUGUAUGACAAAGCAGUUAGAAGAAUUAAAAAAUUCUGUAAUAUGCAAUAAAGUCCAGUCCAACAAAUUUGCAUUUGGUGACUGUGAAUAAAUGCUGCUACUUGUUAGCAUCUAAAAGACUGUAGAAUUUGAAAUAACAGUUUUGAUUUACUUCUGUAGUAAGGUGUUAAUACGAAUCCUGCCAAAUUAUAUCAACAUUGUGAAUACAUAGCUUCUUAUCAUAAACAGCAAUUACAUACGGUACAUUUAAUCUAUGUAUUAUUCAUGUGCAACCUUACUUCGAAAAUUUGUGGUACAGCAUUGUUUUGAUGUGCAAUACAUCCCUCAAGAAGCUCUCGUACUUUAAUUUACGCAAUCUUAAGCAGCCUGAAUUAUUAAUAGUAAGAGAAUAACUGUAUUUCAAAAGACAGAUCAGUAUUUUUAUUUUCAGGUAACAAACUCGAUAUGUAUUCAUUCUGAAAUCAACGAAUAUUUUUAUAUGUAAAACUGUUAAAUAAAUAAAAAAUAAAUAUGUUAAGAGUCCGUCAUCUCACAAUAACAAUAACCAAAAAAUUGGACAAAUUUUUGUCUAUUACCACAUUUAAAUUGAGUCGAUAAAAAUUAAUAUUUAGACUCUUGGAAUCAUGAACACUAUCAGUUUGUUCCAACAUGGCACAAAGUUUUGAAUUUUACAUGUCUUCACUUUUAUUGAUUUAUUACGUUUAAUAGCUAUAACCUGAUUUAGAUAUUUGUGAUAAGAUAGUAUUGCAGUAGACCACAGUACUAAUUGAAAAUUUAUAUUAUAGUACUUGUAUAUUUUCCAAUCAUAUAUUGUAUUUAUCAUGCUAUUUUUCAAUUGUUUGAUAGAGAAGCAUAAAUACUUUGGUGGUUUCAGUUAUGGUCAUUUAGCAGUCAGUGGAAGUUUUUAAAACUUCGUAAAAUUUUGAUUGUUCAAGAAUGGAUCAUCACACUUUAAAAGGGCAGCCUUGUUCCAACUUCGUAGCAUAUAAAAAGGAAAUUUUGAGCUUUGAAAUUUCUCAUAAUGAUUUAGAACAAGUACUUUUUACCUAUUUUCUGCUAUAUGCUUUUUAUAUUGCUCCUAAUGGAUCAAAUCUAUAUUUUUACCUACUGAUUUAUAAUUGAUUUUCAACACAACACAAUUUUGUAUAGAAGCAUUCAAAAUGUUUAAUAUUGCAUAAAUAGUUUUUGAGUUGAAAAUAUCGCUGUCUAGUUUUGUCAA